AUAGAAACUAACACCCUGGCUCAACAUACGAGAGUCCCCCGAGCCAGGGCGUGACAACUAGACACACCUAACUUUGUCAAGUACACAGAAGCCAACUGCACAACAGAGGUGGGCUUUGUGCUCUUUGCUGCGACUGGCCUGGGAGUCCUGUUCUUCAUGCUGGUGGUGUUGGUCCAUAACCUGGCCGGUCCUUACCUCCUCCCCCUCUACCACAUCACCCUUGGCUGGCUGUCGGAGGCGAUGCAAUCAAACACCAGGGGGCGCUACCACUAUGAUGCGUUUGUCUCCUACAGCGGAAAGGACGAGCGCUGGGUGGUGGAGGAGCUACUACCCAACCUGGAGCAGAGGGGUCCCCCUUUCCUGCGCCUCUGUCUGCACAGCAGGGACUUCCAGCUGGGGAAGGACAUUGUGGAGAACAUCACAGACAGCCUCUACCGGAGCCGGCAAACCCUCUGCCUGGUCAGCCGCCACUACCUGCACAGUAACUGGUGUUCCUUGGAGAUGAAGCUGGCCACCUCCAGGCUGCAGGUGGAGCAAAGGGACAUCCUCCUCCUGGUCUUCCUGGAGAAGAUCCCCCCUCGCCGGCUGUCUGCCCACCACAGGCUGGCUCGCCUGGUCAAGACCAGGACCUAUUUGGACUGGCCCCAGGACCCCCAUCAGCACCAGGCAUUCUGGGACAGACUGUGGGCUAAACUGAUCCCUCCUACUGAAGCUUGAGAUCAGAGGUUUAUGUAGGACCUUCUGUUAAUGCUGAGACAAAUAGUGUUGGCAGAUAUGUUGAGGUAUUUUAUUUGCAGUUAAAAGUCCUCGGUACAAAAUGUCUACCGGUAUUUGAGGUUUGUUUAGACAAUUCUGAUUAAGUCCUUUUUAUUGCUCUGUCUGGAGUGUACUUUUUCUGCUUCAUCUGAAAUUACUUAGAAAUAAGCCUAUUUAAUUUACUUCUUUUUUUUUUUACUUCUCCAAUUUUUAUCAGAUCCAAUUUUCUUUUUUCAACACCUUAUCACUAACACAUAUCUUUGUUGCUUAGAGGAACUGAAAAAGGCUCCAUCAUUGGUUUUGUACUAUUUUUGUUGUAUAUCAGGGUAAAACCCGUGUGACCAUCUGCUGUAUGCUGCUUUGAAUGACGAUACAUGACUGACUAAUUACCAUGAGCUAGUUAUUUUAAUUUCAACAUAGACAGAGGUUUGUACAUACAUUUAGUUGCUAGUUGUUUAACAAAUGUGUUUUUUUGCUUGAGUGUUGCCUGUAUAUGGUUUAUUACAUAUGUAAUUUAACAAUUUAUUAACUCAUGGGUGUGGGGAGGUGUCCCCCUAUCUGGCCAAUUAAGUAAUUUCUGCACAAUAUUUGUGAAUUGGAGGGAACCUAGUUUUAUUGUAUUAUUGUUUAUGCUCUUGAUAAAGGCAUCCAGCCGAAACUUUGGAAACUUUUUUUUGUGUCUGUUUAAAGGUCCAA